CACAACUCUAGUGUUCAGUGCAGUGCUAGCACCAAAUUUCCUAGUUCUACAUAGUGGGUUCUGUUGCUUGUUAAGCCAGUCCGACAACAUAAGUCAGUUUAAAACGCGAAGUUUGAAUUGUUUAAUCAAGAUGAAAACUAUCGUUGGAAUUCUCCUUAUUGCCACCGCGGCCUUGGCAUUUCCAUUGGGUGACGGCGGUGAUGAACCGAAACCUCAAGAGCCUCUAGUGAUUUCGGACUACUCUUCAGUCUCUAAAUCCGAAGAAGCCAAACAUGAACUCGUGAAAUCCCUCCAACAUGAUUCGGCAGAUAACUCAGGCUCCAGCUCGGAAGAAUCCGCAGAGAGUGCCGAAAAAGCAACCGAGCCUGCUAAGGCGAUCGAAGAAAAAGCCCCUCUGGCCCCCGCUUCCUUAAACCUUCCUCUAGCGGAAGCACAAAAGGAAGAGAAGAAAAACGAUAAGCCAGAAGAACCUCAGCCACAAUUAAAGGCCGAAGAAAAACGUGAUGAACCCAAAUUAGCAGACAAGACAGCUGAGGCGGCAUUGCCAACACUCAAAAAAGUCGAAACUGAUGCUGUAGUGCCUCAAUUAAAAUCUCUUCCAGCCGAACCGGAAAAGAUUGCCGAAGAAAUCCCAGCAAAAAUUGAAGAGAAAAUUACUGAAAAACUUGCUCCAUCUGAAGAAAAACCCUUGGCCUUGCCUCAAGCAGAAAAAAUCGAAGAGAAAUCUACUGCAGCUUCCGAACUCAAAGAAGAAAUAAUUGCGAAACCAAGCGAACAAAAAGUCGAGCUUCCAGCCAGUGUUGAAGAGAAACUACCUGAACUGAAAACCGUAAUCCCAGAAGAAAAAAAAGACAGCAUCGUUGAGCUUAUUCACGAAAAAAAAGCUAAAUCGGACGAAAAACAACAAGAACCAUUGCCUGCUUCCGAAGAACCAGCAACCCCCCAACAAACCGAACCGGCUACUUCAGAACAGCCAACUUCAUCUGAGGCACCUCUAGUAGCUCUCCGUGCUGCCCCUGAGCCAGCCAAAGAAGACAAACCAAUAGAAAAGGUCCCAGAAGGCAAAUCAGCUGAACCAGAAGCUUUACCUCAACCUGCUGCAGUACCUGCAGCAGCCAAACCACUUGAAGACUCCAAACCUGAACAGAAACUGGAAGCGCAGCCUGAAAAACCAGCAGAGAGCGCACCAAGUUCCUGAAUCAAUCAAUAAUCUAGUGUGAAGAAAAUGAAUGACUGAUUUUUUUUUUUUUUGUUGAGGUUUGCUUGCCCGCUUGUUCCAAACCUACACUUAAUUAAUUUUUAUUUUUUUUGAUUGAACAUUUGGGCUGACCGAACCUCCCCGUUUUCAAUUUCUUUAGAAACACUAAUUAAUAUAGUUAAUUCGAGAGUGCUCAACAAUAAUAAUUAAGAGUAGGGAUUUUGUUUUUUGUAAAAAUCUUUUUUUCUUUGUUUUUUAUUUUUAUUAUUAUUUUUUAAUUUUGAUUUGUGAAUAAUUUGUGGCCAAAACUGCGUUAAAGUUGCAUACAUACGUGUCAAAGUAUGAAUUUUAAUUCGCUUUUUCUUCUCUACUGUUUCGGUGGAUUUUUGUUUGGCCAUCCAUAGGAAUGAAUUUAAUUAUUUUUUCUUAGGUUUAGUUUUUAUUUUUUAUUUUUAAUGUAUAUUUAAAGCUUUUCAAUAAAGUUUUAUACAUAAACACUUCACGUUUUAUUUUUUUUUCUUCAAAGACAGGGUGUUUCUGAAU